AAACAAUGUUAACAGUAGUUUUUAUCUAAAAUUAUUCGAUUGCAACUAUAAGGAAAAAAGAAGAAAUUCUAAAAAGGCUGUUUCGGCAACCACUAUCACCGGCCACCCGGCAAAGCACUGAACUCGGCCGUCUUGCGUAAACCCUAGUUUCUGUACUUGUUGCACCAGGAUUUUAUGGCAUUGUGAUCUACCUAAGACAAGACAAGGAAGAAAUUUGAGUUGGGAUUGAGUUGGUAAAGUUGAAAGAGUUCUGUUUAGUCUAUGAGUAAAGUUUCUAGCCAGUUUUGACAAUGGCUCCGUCGUUUCUCGCCUCUCGUGUAACCCUUCUUGCCCUUCUAUCUGCCACCACCUUUUACUGCUUAUAUAAAUCUCGCCGCCUCAAGCUUGCUUCCCGGGAAGUUGCUUUUGCUUUCCGGAAUCCGAAACUUAUCUAUAUCACUCAAACUGGCACUUCUAGAACCCUAGCUUACCGGCUUCACAAGCUGCUUGUUUCGAAGGGUCUCAUCUUUGACCUUGUUGAUGUCAAAGAUUAUGAGCCGGAGGAUCUUUCGAAAGAAACCCUUGUUGUGAUUGUGAGUUCUACUUGGGAGGAUGGGAAACCACCACCAAUAGCCAAGUUUUUUGUUGAUUGGAUUGAGGAGAGUGUGAAUGAUUUUAGGGUAGGAGCACUUUUGCUUAGUAAGUGCAAGUUUGCAGUUUUUGGAGUAGGUAGUGGGGCAUAUGAGGAGAAAUUCAAUGCAGUAGCAAAAGGAAUUUCUAAGAAUAUGAAGGCAUUGGGAGCAAAUGAAGUGGUCCAGUUAUGGGAGGGAGAUGUAGAUGGCGGUGGAUUGGGGAAAACUAUUGAAGCUUGGGGUGAGAAGUUGAUUGGGGUUCUAAAAGGCGGUGUUCAGGAAAAUGGGUUAGUUGCUUGUGGGGCGUUAGAAGAUGAGAGUGAUUCAGAGUAUGUUGAUGUGUCCGAUGACGAGGAGUCGCUAGAAAAUGGGGAGGAAUUGGAGGUUAUCGAUCUGGAAGAUCUAGCUGGUAAGGGGCCAUCAAGGAAGUCAAGGAAUGUAGCCGAGGUUAAUGGCGCGAAAACUGAUGGGAAAAAAGAAAUGGUCACUCCUGUAAUUAGGAAAAAUCUAGAGAAGCAGGGCUAUAAGAUAAUUGGUUCACAUAGUGGUGUUAAACUUUGCAGAUGGACCAAGUCACAACUUAGAGGACGUGGAGGUUGUUAUAAGCACUCCUUUUAUGGAAUCGAGAGUCAUAGGUGCAUGGAGGCGACACCUAGCCUGGCAUGUGCUAAUAAGUGUGUAUUUUGUUGGAGACAUCAUACUAAUCCUGUAGGGAAGAGCUGGCAAUGGAAAAUGGAUGAUCCUCUUGAGAUUGUGAACACCGCGAUAGACCUGCACACUAAAAUGAUUAAGCAAAUGAAAGGAGUUCCAGGUGUGGUAGAGGAGCGGUUGUCAGAAGGUCUAUUGCCCAGGCACUGUGCUUUGUCACUUGUAGGAGAACCUAUUAUGUACCCCGAAAUUAAUUCACUUGUAGAUGAGUUGCAUCGGAGGAGAAUUUCUACCUUUCUUGUUACAAAUGCACAAUUCCCUGAUAAAAUUAAGCUGCUGAAACCAAUCACACAGUUGUAUGUGAGUGUGGAUGCUGCAACAAAAGACAGUUUGAAAGCUGUGGAUAGACCUCUGUUUGGUGAUUUUUGGGAGCGCUUUCUGGACUCCCUGACUGCUCUUAGAGAAAAGUGUCAGCGGACCGUUUAUCGCUUGACUUUAGUGAAAGGUUGGAAUGCUGACGACGUAGAUGGUUACUUUAAGCUUCUUUCACUUGGAAAGCCUGACUUCAUCGAAAUCAAAGGCGUAACUUAUUGUGGAUCAACUGCAACAUCGAAGUUGACAAUGGAGAAUGUUCCUUGGCAUUCUGAUGUAAAAGCGUUUUCAGAAGCCGUGGCUCUGAAGAGUGAAGGCGUGUAUGAGGUUGCUUGUGAGCAUGAGCAUUCUUGUUGUGUUCUCUUGGCAAGGGUUGAUAAAUUCAAGAUCAACAACCAAUGGUUCACAUGGAUAGAUUAUGAAAAGUUUCAUGACCUGGUUGCUUCUGGUGAGCCUUUCAAUAGCUCAGAUUACAUGGCUCCGACACCAGCUUGGGCGGUAUAUGGAGCAGUAGAAGGUGGAUUUGAUCCACAACAAGCGAGGUUUAGGAAGGAACGGAAUCACAAGUCAAAUCGUCAGUCUACAACAUGAUUUGGAUGUUAUCGGUAUUUGAUUGACAAGUGAGUUACAGAAGAUAUGGAAGUUUUGGGUACCCAUCAGUCACUCAUAUGAACUAAGUUUUCGUCAACAGUGAUUAUGGGAAAACAGAUAGGUUUAUUGUUAUGCAGUAAAGUUUUGGUACUUUUUUAAGUGAUAAUAUAGCUAUAUGACAUCAGAAUAAUUUUAGGUAUCACCAUAUCAGGUGGUUUGAAGGUUGACUUCAUUGAUGUACUAUAAUAUCUAUAGAUGGAUUUAUACUUCAUCA